AUGUCGGUCACAACCCUUGCAACGAUUGCCUCCUUCGGCGGCAAGCUGCUGAAGCUGUCUCACAAAGCCUCCACGACGGGCUGUGAAAUGAAAUUCAACCUGUACCUGCCUCCGCAAGCCACGACCAACUCUCUCCAUAAAGUUCCGCUGUUCAUCUGGCUGUCCGGCCUCACAUGUACCGCCGAUAACUGUUCGGAGAAGGGCUUUUUCCAGCACGGGGCCAGCAAGAAAGGGAUUGCCAUUCUAUAUCCCGACACCAGUCCACGCGGCGUUGGAAUCCAAGGCGAAGAUGACUCCUGGGAUUUUGGCACCGGGGCCGGCUUCUACGUCGACGCCACUGCAUCGCCAUGGUCCAACAACUACAAGAUGUACUCGUACAUCACCGAGGAGCUUCCCAAGACCGUCUUUGAAAAUUUUGACCAGAUCGACUCUAGUCGAGUCAGUAUCAGUGGCCAUAGUAUGGGUGGCCAUGGCGCCCUGUCGUUAUACCUGAAAAAUCCCGGCAAAUACAAGAGUGUCAGCGCGUUCGCCCCGAUCGCCAACCCGCUCAAAUGCCCUUGGGGAGAGAAGGCGUUCAAGGGCUACUUUGGCGAGAGUGACUGGCAGAAAAAGGGUGCUCAGCAUGACUCAACGGAGCUUCUGAAGCAGUGGAAAGGUGGUGAUUUGGAUAUCCUCAUUGAUGUGGGCACUGGCGACAACUUCUACAAACAGGGACAACUUCUCCCCGAAAACUUUAUCGCAGCUGCAAAGGAGAUUGGCCAAGAGAAGGGAGUCAAGGUUCGAUUCCAGCCAGAUUAUGACCAUAGUUACUACACCAUGGCCACCUUCAGCGACGACCACAUCAACCAUGCCGCCAAGUACUUGUUUGCAUAG